AUGGCGCAAAUCAAACGAUUCUUGGCCUUGUAUGCCUCCCUCCUGGCAUCAGUGGCAGCCAGUCCUCUGGAGCAGCGGCAGGAGCCAGGGCCGACCUCGGUUGUGUUCACCGUGACUACCACGACGGCGGCGCCGGCAACCAUCACCAAGAACCCCCUCGACAGCACCAGCUGGAUCGAAUACCCGGGCGCGGCCUGGACCGAGUACCCCUUCACGACCAGCUCGACCCUCACCUCUGGCUGCGUCACGUACUCGACGCUCUACCCGAGCGGGCGGGAGGUGGUCACCAUCACCAACACCAUCACGGUGACGGUCCAGUCGACCGUGACCGAGACAAACACCAAUGUGCCGGCCACGACGGCGGUCUCCUUCACGCAGCGCACGGUGAAGGCGGCGACGGGGACGACCAAGUGGAGCACGCUGUGCACCAACACGCUCGUCGAGAGCCUCUACGUCAGCUCGACGCGCACCACGGUCGUGUGGCCGUCGGCGACGGCGUUCGAGGUCGCCACCCGGACCGAGGUGUGCGUCAAGACGGGCAAGGUCUCGUCGUGGGCCGACGGGCCCAUGCCGACCGCGGAGCCCUACACGCCGGCCAUCGACAGGUUCAAGGGCGAGGGGACCGUCGUCAGCGUCAAGCAGGGCACGACGGUGGCCGUCACGUCGACAGUGCCGGACGCCACGUCGACGAAAUGGAGCGUCGUGUGCGACAACCCGACCACCGUGGUCCAGGAGCCGUGGUACACCGCGACCGUCACGCCGACGACGACGGCCGACUGCCGCGGCAACGCGGGCGCCCUGCGCGCUCAGGUGAAGAGGAUGGAGACGGGUCGCGUGGUCGUCCGCGAGGCCGCGCAGGAUCUGCAGAGGGUCGAGACCCGGACGUAUCCGACCGUUGGUCUGCGCGACGGCAGCGUGGUGACGAGCAUGGUCACCGAGGUGGUUGAUUACCUGGUCGCUACUUUUACAACGGUGCAGAUGGUCGUUGUUACAGAGACUGCUAGCCCUGUGACGGUUACUGCGUGUUAG